AGGAAAGAGAAGAGCAAUCGGACAGGAAAGUGCGGCACGGCGGUUUUAUAUAUACGUGGUUGCAAUGUCUCACUCUUUCAAUUCGAAAUCCUCGUACCCUGUAUAAAAAAAAAAGUAAAAAAUCCUCGUAUCCUUCAUUUCAUAGUUUCAUAUUUCAAUUGUUCUAAAAAGAGACACAUAGGUUGUGUAUUCAUGGGAGAAAACACUCAACUUGUUGUUCUUACAUCACAGCUUCAAGAGACCUUCAAAAUAGGUCGUGAGAGCAAAAAGACCAGGCGAAUAUUGAGGUCAACGCUCCAUGAUUUGAAACAUGUGGUCAAGCAGAUCGAGCAAUACAAUGAACACUUGGAUCCACCAAAAGAAGAAAUAAAGACUCUUAUCAAAGAAAAAGAUGCAGGGGAAGGUGUUGAUCUUCUCUGCAAGAGUCUUUGUUUGGAGAAGUGUCUCUCUUUGUUGGGGAGGCUUUGGCAUAACAGUGAUGAUUCCUAUGCUGCUUCUAAUGACAAGCAAGCUCUUGUCGCAAAGGAUGUUAAGGAGGCGCUUUACAAGGUGAGAGAAAUUCUUGAGCUUCUUAACAAAGAGAAUUUUGAGAAGAAAUUUAAUGGGUCUGGAGCUCCUAUGAAGCGUCCUUUUGGUGUUCCUGAGAACCCAGAAUUCACUGUUGGCUUAGAUGUUCCGUUGACCAAGUUGAAGGUGGAGGUUCUCAAGGAUGGUGUGUCCACCCUUUUGUUGACUGGUUUAGGAGGAUCAGGGAAAACCACUUUGGCUACAAAGCUUUGUUGGGAUGAACAAGUCAAGGGUAAAUUCAGGGAAAAUAUUUUAUUUUUCACCUUCUCGGGAACGCCCAAGUUGAAGGUUAUUGUAGAGAGACUAUAUGAACACUGUGGAUAUAAAGUACCUGAGUUUCAAAGCGAUGAAGAAGCUGUUAAUAGAUUGGAGCUUUUUUUGAGGAAAAUUGAGGGAAGUCCAAUGUUGUUGGUCCUCGAUGAUGUCUGGGCUGGCUCAGAGACCCUCGUUGAGAAAUUGAAAUUCCAGAUAUCUGAUUAUAAAGUUUUGGUGACCUCAAGGGUUGCAUUUCCUGGAUUUGGCACCCCAUGUAUCUUAAAACCACUUGUUCAUGAAGAUGGUAUAAUACUUUUCCGUCAUUACGCUCUCUUGGAAGAUAGCAGUUCAAAUCCUGAUGAAGCUCUUGUCCAAAAGGUUGUGAGAAAUUGCAAGGGUUUACCGCUUGCCAUUAAAGUGAUUGCUAGAUCACUCAGUCAUCGGCCUUAUAAGUUGUGGCAAAAGAUAGGAGACGAAUUGUCACAAGGUCAUUCGAUACUUGAUUCUAAUACUGAAUUACUUUCUUCUCUCCAAAAGAUCUUCGAUGUUUUGGAAGAUAAUCCUGUCACCAAGGAGUGCUUCAUGGACUUGGGGCUAUUUCCUGAAGACCACAGAAUUCCUGUUAAUGCUCUCAUUGAUAUGUGGGCUGAAUCAUAUGGACUAGAUGAUGAUGGCAGAGAAGCAAUGGCCAUCAUCAACAAAUUAGACUCCAUGAAUCUGGCUAAUGUUUUAAUAGCAAGGAAAAAUGUAAGUGACGCAGACAAUUACAACUACAAUAACCACUUCGUCAUCCUUCAUGAUCUUCUAAGAGAGCUUGCAAUUCAUCAAAGCAGCCAGGGACCAAUUAAACAGAGAAAAAGACUGAUUAUUGAGAUAAAUGAAAACAAACAUGAACGGUGGGAGAAGCAGCAAGGCAUGAUAGCCCUCAUAUUGUCAAAAUUUCAUGGAUGUGGUGUUAAACAGAUGCUCCAACAGGUCCCUGCCCGCACAGUGUCUCUAUCAACUGAUGAAACUUGCACUUCAUAUUUGUCCGACAUGCAAGCAGCUCAAGCCGAGGUUCUAAUUUUAAAUCUUCAAACUAAGCAGUACUCCUUUCCAGAGUUCAUGGAGAAAAUGAGUGAUCUAAAAGUUCUUCUCCUCACAAAUUAUGGGUACCAUACUUCUCAACUGAACAAUUUUGAGACACUUGGCUCUUUAUCAAACCUGAAAAGAAUUAGACUAGAGCGGAUUUUUCUUCCUACCUUUGCCACAUUGAAGAAUUUGAAAAAAUUAUCUCUCUACAUGUGUAAUACAAGACAGGCUUUUGAAAACGGUAUGAUCCCAAUUUCAGAUGCAUUUCCAAAUCUAGUAGAUUUGAACAUUGAUUAUUGCAAAGAUAUGGUGGGAUUGCCUACUGGGCUAUGUGAUAUUACCCCACUAAAGAAACUCAGUAUUACUAAUUGCCACAAGCUUUCUGCGCUGCCAAAAGAUAUUGGAAAGUUGGAGAAUUUGGAACUCCUAAGGCUCAGUUCCUGUACUGAUUUGGAAGGGAUACCUGAUUCUAUUGGAAGGCUUUCAAAUCUACGACUUCUUGACAUCUCAAACUGCAUAAGCCUUCCAAGUUUACCGGAGGACAUUGGUAAUCUGUGUAAUCUAAGAAAUCUCUACAUGACAAGUUGUGCAAUGUGUGAAUUGCCAUUCUCAGUCGCUAAUCUUGAGAAUUUAAAGGUGGUGAUAUGUGACGAAGAGACGGCUGCUUCAUGGGAAUCUUUUGAACCUAUGCUUCCCAAUCUGAAGAUAGAGAUUCCUCAAGUUGAUGUCGACUUAAAUUGGCUUCAUUAAAUUAGCUCCUAAAAUGAUUAGAGGUUUCAAUUCCUUUCCUCUGCAAGAUUGGAUUGCCAUUGAAGAAUCUGUGCAAUGUGAAUGAAGCAUUUAGAAACUGUGAUAUCCAAGUUUCAGAUAUGCUGCCAAAUUUGGUGGAGAUGAACAUUGACUACUGCACUAUGGUGGAAUUAUGAUGGGCAACUAGCUCUGGUGUACAGAUGCAAGAGAUGGAGAAAGAAGGCCAGGCCCAAAACCAGCCCAAUCAGCCCAAGCCCAAUGAGGAGACUGAUCAUCAGUCCAAGAGCGUGUAGUGGCUGAAGACAAGAACAUAAUGGGGAAGGAAACGAAAGAGUUUGUUACUAGAAUAGACACGUGGCUGGCUCUGAAUGGCAAGGGAAGUGUGGCUGGUGAGGAAAAUGGAGUUAGUUAUAAGGGGGAAAGAAGGGAACGUGGGGGGUAUCUGAAAAUAAUGGAAUAUUGGGAAUGGUAAGGGGAACUCAAUUAGGAAGGAAGUAGUGCCUCGUUGAGGGAGCAGAUUUUUCUUAUUGUUGAUGUUAAUAUUUCAUUAUUGUAAUAGAGUAAUCUGUUGAUCUGUUUCUGAGUAUAGUAGUGUUUAUACUGUCACAGUGAGAUAUAGUCUUGGAACUUCUUGUAAGGGCAAGGCCCAUUUCUCAAUUUUACGUUAAUCAAAUAUAUUGUCACUU